AAUAUAAACAUAACUGGUUUUAAUAUAAAACAAUUAAUUACCUUACAAGACUGAAAACGGUUAAAUACAACCAAUACAAGAUAAUUACACUGCAGCAAAAUGGCUGUAUAAGUAAUUCUUGGACCAGCACAUAUCAUAAAAAAACCUACAAAUAUAUACAUGACAAAACAAAUACCAUCACUGCAUUCUUUAAACCGGUAAUUGUUUUUAUAAAACUGCAUCAUGUACGUUAGUCUUUAUUCAGAGUCUGAUUCUACAAGAUUGGUUUGAAGGUUAAUUGUUGCAUUGGUUUUGUGUUCUGCAAGCCUCUUUGAAGAAUGUGUCAAAUUUAAUUCGACUUAGCUUCUUGAAAACUAGUUUUGUGUUUAUAUGUAUUUUUGUGUGUGAAACACAUAGACUUGUUUGCAUUUAUCAAACAUAUAUUGCAACAGAUACAGUAGCUACUACCUUUAUUAUUGUUUUAGGUAUAAAAAUAAUUAAAAUUAUAAAAAACCUAGAAUUGUUGGGAUUCAUUAUUUAAAAACCCAGAAACCCACACACCAUUGGAAAAACCCAGAUCUGGGUGGAAAAAACCCAUGAGUGGCAGCCCUGCUUGUAACAAUAUCGCUUUGUGCCUCUCCUUCAAGGCUUCAACGCCUUCCCCUGCGCUUCCUCCCCUACAUUCUUUCCCUUCUUUAUCUCUUAUUCGUCGUUCCUGCUCCCUCCCCUUUCACAAGCUCCGCCCAAGUGACCGUCAUCUGCGAUCGGGUACUGCGCUCAUUGGCCGUGGUGUUGUUCCAGGUGAAUUCUGAACUGAUACUAAAGUCUCUGAUACUUUUCAAGUGUACUCGUUUGCCGUUCCUGAUACAGGCGCGUAUCAGUGAUAAAGUAUCAGGUUGAUACUUUUUGACCCACCUCUAAAAUGAAUAUAUUUUAUUUCUGCCGCGGACGCAUGGCACAACAACCAAUGAGAGUAGUUUGCCAUUUUGGUGGGACUUGUGAACUGUUUAUUAUGGCCGAACAUACCUAUGCUGCAGCGAUGGAUGAGAAUAUGCGUGAAUAAUUGGCUGAAGAGAUGUCCCAAGAUGUAUAUUUAGAAGAUAAAACCGGGGAUAAUUUGCUAGUAGAAGUUGUGAAAGGUUACCCACACCUUUAUGAUUGUAAAUGUUACGAUUUCAAGGAUUUGAGAAUGCGAGAAAAUACAUGGCAAGAAAUUGCUGAAAUACUGCAUUGCACAGCAUUUGACUGCCAAUUCAGAUGGAAGCGCCUAAGGGAGCGAUACUGCAGAGAAAAAAAACUGCUUGAAGUGUCUGAAAGAAGUGGUAGUUGCCAAAGCUUCAAAAAGGAGUGGAUUUUGAUGAAGGAGGUGAGGUUCUUGGUUGCCCAUAUUCUUCUUCGAAAGCUAAAUUAUCUUGGUGAAAUCAGGCAGUUUUAUUUAUCCUUCAUGUAUCAAGUAGUGGAGUUUGACACUGAUAGUGGAGGAGGGGUGGGAAUUAUCCACUCUAAAUGGCUAACACCAAGAAAGAAAGAGUGUUUUUGGCCACCUUUUAAACAUUCUCAACAGUACAAUAAAUGUCUCAGUGACGGACAGCAUCCUUGUGGAAAAUGGAGAAUUUGUGCUUUGAAGAGAAAAUUCUACAUUACUGAUGACAUAUUAAAGGCCAGAGAAAAAUUGAAAGAUGCAGAAUUUGAAUCUGACAUUGCAACUGAAUAUGAGAAUGAAUCCUCACAGAAAAGGAAGAAAAGGCCAAACAGAAGAAUUUUAUACAGCAGUGACGAAAGUAGUAGUGAUGAAUAUGACACAAAUAACCAGCUAGCCCACAAGAAGUAUCCAUCUCCACCAGAUGUGGAAGUGGCUGAAGUGCCAGUGGCUGAGUGUCAAAGGUCUGUGAACACACCGUCCAACUCAGCAGAUUCUGUGUUCACUAGAGACUCUCGUCCUUCUCGCAGAAGUGUUAUUAAUUCAGAAUCGUCUUCCUCAAUUCUUUGUUCUGUGGAAAAUGGAAAUACUGUUAAUACUCAAGAUGUUACUGUGUCAGAAGAUUCCACCAGAGAGCAAGUUGGUUUACAAGUGAUUGCUAGACAUUUGGCCAAAAUUGAGAAGCGUUUGGAUGUUAUUCAGCAAUCUGUAUCAGAAUUAUUAAAGCAGACUUUACCAGACACUGUACAGAACAUAAAUAUUUUACCAGAAGAGUUGACUCUUCCAUGCGAGACUGAAGAACAACUCAACAAAGUGGAAGAAUGGAUAUCAAUCCCAGAAAAUAAGAUAUGUAUGCUGCUGUUAGAAGAAAUAAAUCCACUAGCAACAUCUGUGAUGAUGAUGUGAAUACCAUUUUACGGAACUGGUUCCGUUUCGCAAAGGACAGGGAUGGAGGUCGAGACAGCAGAAGACAGUCGGCUAAAUAGAAAAAGACAUCAGAAAAAUGUCUACUGUGGAAGUUCAAAGAGAACUAAUUUGCGAAAAGUGGCAGUUGGUUCAAAAGAAAUUUGUCAAGAAUUAUGUAAUGAAAUUCAGCACAAUUAUGUAAAUGUUACUGUAAACACACACACUAACAAUCAUGGUGCUGAUUCAAACAAUGCAGGUAUUUCUACAAAUAAUAAUGAUUACAUAUGCAGCAGUAUUAGUAGUAUAAGUAGUACUGAUGAUGAUUCUUCAGUUGAAGAAAUUGAAAAUUCUGAACUUAGUGCUAACAUUGUUCCUGUUGAACAAAAAUUAGUUGAUUGGAUGUACAGUUAUAACAUACCACAUAAUGCAGCAACAGCUUUGUUGCACAUUUUAAAACCACAUAUGUCAGGUCUGCCCCUUGAUUCACGCUCUUUGCUUCACACUCCAAGGUGCUCAGUAGUGGAUACACAUACCUCAGGCCUUUUCAAAUACUUUGGUGUAGAAAAAAAUCUAGUGAAAAGAGCCCUAACUGGAUUAAAACCUUGUCACUAUCCAUUGCUAAGAAACAUUUACAGGGACUAUAGUUCAGAAAAUAUGGUGACAAUUUCUGUUAAUGUUGAUGGACUACCAUUAUUUUCCAGUUCAAAUAAAUCAUUCUGGGUAUUGUUGGGUAUACUUGACCAGGCUGUUGACAGGUGUCCUUUUGUAGUUGCAGUAUAUUAUGCCUUCAGAUGCUACAGAAUUUCUUCAGCCAUUUGUAAAUGAAUGUGUGUUCCUUGAAAGAAAUGGAAUAAAUAUAACGAACAAGCACUAUAAGUUUUGUGUCAGUUGUGUAAUUGCUGAUGCACCAGCAAGGUCAUUUGUGAAAUCUGUAGUUGGCCAUAAUUCACUAGAUGGAUGUGAGAAGUGUGUUCAAAAAGGGAAAUACUAUGGUAGAACAACAUGGCCGUACAAAAUUGAUUGUUCACUGAGGUCUGAUGAGUCAUUUAAAUACAUGGAAUACCCAUACCAUCAGAAAUCAAUAUCAGUGUUAUCUAGUUUGCGAUUAGGACUUGUGUCUCAGGUUCCAUUGGACUAUUUACAUUUAAUUUGCUUGGGGGUAAUGAAACGAUUGAUACGCAUAUGGUGUGAUACUGGCCUUAGGAAAGGGAAGUUAAGUUCAAAAAGCUUUGAUACUCUUUUUAACAGAAUGCAGAUAUUGAGAAAGCAUACUCCUAAAGAAUUUUCUCGCAAACCAAGACCCGUGAAAUUGUUUAAAUUUUGGAAAGGUACUGAAUUCAGAUCUUUUUUAUUGUAUUUUGGACCAGUUGUUUUAGUUAAAGUUUUGCCCAGGAGUUUAUUUGAGCAUUUCAUGUUACUUCAUACGGCUGUUUAUGUUUUGGCAAGUGACAUCGGUGAACAAAACUCAUGGAGAAAGUAUGCAAAUGAUUUGAUGCAUGUUUUUGUCAAAGAAAUACCUGCAUUGUAUGGAAAGGAAGUACUUGUUUACAAUUUUCAUAAUUUGUUACACCUAGCAGAUGAUGUAGCCAAUUUUGGUAAACUUGAUCACUUCUCUGCUUUCCCCUUUGAAAACUUCCUGAAAAAAAUUAAAAACAUGGUUCGUGCACCAAACAAUCCAUUGCAACAAGUAGUGAAGCGAUUAGGUGAAGAUGCGUCGUGUUGUUUAAAAACAACAAAACAGUCAUCUGUUGUCAAAAAUGUUGAUGGUUCAAUAAGGUAUGUUGUGUUUGGAGAUCGUAAUAAAUAUGUAAUAGGCACAAAUUAUUCAGAUAGUUGUUUCAUGACUGUGAACGGUGAAGUAAUUGUAGUAAAUGGAAUUAAAAAGGCACUCUCUCCAGGAAUUUACAGUCUUGAAUGUAGUCGCUUUGAGAGUAAAACUGAUUAUAAUAAGUAUCCUUUAAAAAGCAGUACUUUAAAAAUUUACUUAGUGGAUAAUCUUGUAAAAUACAGGAAGUUAUACACUACACAGUUAUAUCGUAAGUGUGUUCUUUUACCGGAUUUCAAUGAUAAUGCGUGUUUUUUGUGUAUACCAUAUUGUAAUAUGGAUGUAUUUUAUUGAAGUUGUCCUGUAAGCAAAUAUAAAUGUACUUCGUUGACAUCCUGGAAGCAUUUGUUUUAUCACAAACCCCACAGUUCAAUCAUGUGUUAUUUACUGGCUUGGAAGUUAAAAUAAAUGUAUGUUUUUGUUUUUUCUUACUUGAUGUUUUGUAUAGUUUAUAUUACUUCAGCUCCAGUGUUUUUAAAAAAUUCUUUAUUGCAGUUCCAGGGUCAAAAUUACUCUGUGAUUACAAUUAUUAUUUUAUUUUUUAAUACCUAUGCAGGAAAGUAGGUAAUAAUAAUGUUCCUUACACACUAUUACAGCUGAAUCUUGUGCAGCAAUAAUUUAACCAUGCAUCUUUUUUUUGUUAGCUUGUAAGUUAUGUAUUGUAAUAAAAGUAUUUUUUUCAA